UCCUGCUCCUCCGGGAUCCCAAAGCAUUCUGUUCAGAACUCUCGGAGCACCUGCCAGAGGGUAGCCUCCGGAGGCUCUACCUGUUUGUCUCUCACCCGUGAGCUCUCACCUGUGAGCUCCUCUAGGAACCGAGGGCUACAGGUGAUGGAUGAAUGACUCCUGUCCCUCCCGCCCUCGGGGAACAUCCUUCCUGCGGUCUAACCUCUGUCGCUCCUGCUGCAGCGGGCGGGGGAGGCCGAGGGCCACGCCGGGCUCAGCGCGCGCCUGGCCGGAGCCGCGGCAGGUGGGCGCGGCCAGGUGAGCCCCGGGGGUGCCACUGCCCUGCCCGCGACCCCGGCCCGCGCCGGUGGCUGGCGCCUCUUCGCCCCGGUUACCGCUAGUGGCUGCUGUCGCUCAGUGGAGCCCAAGGAGACCGCGGCCAGAGCGUCCACCGCGCAAGAUGGUGGCUCCCGUGGCUCCGUGAGUGUGUGCGGGCGGGGUGCCCGGGCCCGGCGGGGCGCCCCCUCCCGGAGCUUCCGGGCAGGGGGCGGGCGACGGGGCUGGGGGCCUUGCGGGGCGGGCCCGCGCGGGCGGGCGGAGGCCCGGUGCCUCCGGGGGACCCCUCCGAGGGCUCCUCCACCGCGCGCCCUCCAGAGGAAGUUCCCCAGCCCUCCGCGUCCCGGCCCCGGGAGGAUGGGCCGGGCAUGCAGGGAGCCCCAACCUCACUCGGGCUGCCAGGGGAGGGGGCGCCCCGCCUUACUUUGCCGGGAGCUUGGACUCCUCUUAGUGGGGUCCCCAAAGGAAGGGACCCAAGGAGCCUGAGGAGAAGGCUGGGACCACCAUCUGGGACCAAAAUAAACACCGUGUUUGAGGCUUUCGUGCCGGGUGGAAUGGGGGUGGCAGACGAACGAACACACAAUCGCCCCAGGGGCCCUUUAAGCUGUGCGGGCUCCCAUCGAGCUGGCCAGGGUGUGGAGAGGUGGAGGGACCUGGGUCUGCCACAGUCUCCCGUCGGCGGAGCAGGAAUAAACUUUCCUGGCUAAGUUAGAUGGAUGGUCCCCAUUAGCCUGGCGGGCUGCCCCCUCCUGCCUCCCUGCCAACUCCCCUUGUCAAGGAAGGUGCCUCUGUGUGUGAGGGAGGCUGGGGGGCACGAGCAUUUGGGUGGGGGUUGGGGGUGCCCUGCCCCUCGAGCAGGAAUGGUGCCCCCAGGGAAGAAACCAGCUGGAGAGGCUUCCAACUCCAACAAGAAGUGCAAGCGUUACUUUAACGAGCACUGGAAAGAGGAGUUUCCCUGGCUGGACUUUGACUACGAGCGGAAGCUGAUGUUUUGCCUCGAGUGCCGCCAGGCCCUGGUGCGGAACAAGCACGGCAAAGCUGAGAACGCCUUCACCGUGGGCACCGACAACUUCCAGCGCCAUGCCCUGCUGCGCCAUGUGACCUCGGGGGCCCACCGCCAGGCUCUGGCCGUCAACCGGGGCCAGCCCACUUUUGAGGGCCAGGCUGAGGGAGGAGGGGCCUACCCAGGCCUGGCAAGCACCCCCACCUCCAGGGGCGUCAAGGUGGAGGUGGACCCGGCCAAAGUGGCUGUGCUGACCACGGUGUACUGCAUGGCCAAGGAAGACGUGCCUGACGACCGCUGCUCUGCCCUGCUCGAGCUGCAGAGGUUCAACCUGUGCCAGGCGCUGCUGGGCACGGAGCAUGGCGCUUACUACAGCCCCAGGAGGGUGAGGGACAUGCAGGUGGCUAUUGCCAGUGUCUUGCACACAGAGGCCUGCCAGCGCCUGAAGGCAUCCUCCUAUGUGGGGCUGGUGUUGGACGAGACCAGGGACUGGCCUGAGUCCCACAGUCUGGCCUUGUUUGCCACUUCGGUGUCCCCCUGCGAUGGCCAGCCUGCCACCACCUUCCUGGGCAGUGUGGAGCUACAGGAGGGCGAGGCCACCGCUGGCCAACUCCUAGACAUCCUGCAGGCUUUUGGCGUGUCUGCACCCAAGUUGGCCUGGCUCAGCUCCAGCCUCCCCAGUGACCUCCUGGGGAGUGUGGGCCGGCAGCUCCGGGCUGCCUGCCCACUGCUCACUGAGCUACACUGCCUCCCUGGCCGGACAGAUCCCAAGCCCCCUGCCUACCUCGGUGAAUAUGAAAGUGUCCUGGAUGCCCUAUUCCGCCUCCACGGUGGCCCCAGUUCCCACAUGGUCCCUGAGCUCCGGGCGGCACUGGACCUUGCAGCAGUUGACUUGGCAGGACCACGGCCAGUGCCCUGGGCCUCCCUGCUGCCUGUCGUGGAAGCCGUGGCUGAGGCUUGGCCUUGCCUGGUGCGCGCCCUGGAGGCCUCUGCUCCCGCCUCGCCUACAGCUAGGGCACUGGCCCUGGCCCUGCGCCAGUUCACCUUCGUGGCCUUUACCCACCUGCUCCUGGACGCUCUGCCCUCCCUGCAGAAGCUCGCCCUUGUCCUGCAGCCAGAGGAGCCGGACUUGGCCUUGCUGCAGCCCCUGGUGAUGGCGGCUGCAGCCGCCCUCCAAGCGCAGCGCAGCUCGGGUGGGGCGCGCCUCCAAGGCUUCCUGCAGGAACUGGCGCCCUCUGGCCCCGACUUGGGCGGUGGGCGCUGCACCUACCGAGGCGUGGAGCUGAUCGGCUACUCCGAGGCUGCGGUCCGGGACUUGGAGCGGCUGCGCGGGGCCUUCCUGGACUCCAUGCGGAGGGGGCUGCGGGACUCGUACCCCGGGCCCUCGCUGGACGUCGUGGCCGCCUUCGCGGCGAUCUUCGACCCGCGCCGCUACCCGCAGGCGCAGGCGGAGCUGGGCGCGCACGGCGAGGGGGCGCUGCGGGUGCUACUGCGCGCCUUCGCCCCGGCCGUGGUGCGCCAGCGGGCGCUGGGCGACUUCGCGCUCUUCAAGCGCGUGGUGGGCAGCUUCGGGCGGCUCGGCCCGCGGGCGCUGUGCGCCAGGCUGGCGUGCGCGCGCUCCGAGCUGCAUGAGCUCUUCCCCGACUUCGCCGCCCUCGCCGCCCUAGCCCUGGCGCUGCCCGUGGGCGCCGGCCUCCUGGACAAGGUCGGCCGCAGCCGGGAGCUGCGGGGGUGGGGGCAGGGCGAGGCCGGGGAAGGCCGGGGCGGCCCCGCGGUCAAGAUCGCCGUGGAUGGGCCCCCGCUGCACGAAUUUGACUUUGCGCUGGCCGCCGAGUUCUUAGAGAGUGGGUGGGGGGAGGGGCUCCUGGGGUCGCAGCUCACAAGAGGGCGGCCUCCUCCUCUCGGUCCAGCCAGCCUGGGGCCCUGGGCACUCUCAGGGCCAAGCUGAACCUGACUGAGCUGCGCUCAAAAAGACCCGCUAACUGUGGCCUCCCGCCCACCAUCCCGGUGCUUCUUCCGCUCCACGCUGAGUACCAGCCCAGCCCCGCAGGCUGUGGAGGAGGGGCUGGGGCGACGGGAGCCUGCGCGAGUGGGCAGAGAUGCUAGGGUCUGGGACACCCUAAAUAUCACUCCUGUCCUUUACAGACUUUGGUGAGGAGCAGCUCACCCUUUCCCUCUGGACUUUGCCCAAGUUUUUGCCCUAGAAAAUUUGGGGGGUCUUGGUUGGAGGGAGGAAGACUGGGUUGAGGGGUUGAGGGAAAGGAGAGUGGGUCCUUGACUCUUUCUCAGCCACUCUCCUGGCAGCAUCUCUUCUCCAGAUGUGACUGGAGAGAAGAGCACUGUCCUUGUUUUUGACACACAGCAUAGCACCCUCUCUGUUUACAAGCUAGCAGUUCAAAGGGGGUAGUGGUUUUCUCCCUCUCCUCCCCACCAAUAGGCUGCCUGAGGCUUUUCUGUAUAUAACCAUGUAUAUAGACACAUAAAUCUACAAAUGUGAAAUAAAUCUAUCUAUCUUCAUAAUGUUAACACGCAAAUCUAAAAGGACUUCUUUUAGUUUUGCAAUGACAGGGUCCAAAAAAGUCCCAAAUGGACUGGAUUUAUUUCUAAUAUUUUUCUUCCUUGAAGUCUGGUUGUUCCCCAGGUGCCUAGCCCUCCCCUGCCCUCACUUCAGACUUUUAAGACCAAAGACUGGAAAACCAAAAUGCUGAGCCAUGACUGUGAGCACCGGCCUCAGGCCUGACCCCGAGAUGUCCGAGGGCUUUCUGCCCUCCUGGGGGAAGCAUUUGGGACCUCUCCAGAGCUGGGCAACAUAUCCCUUCAGAUUCCAGUGGGUUUCCCGUCCCUUCUGUCAGCCCUUGCUGUGAAUGGUGUGGGAGUCUGGAGUAGGGGUCGUUAGUGAGAGGGGAGGAGGCAGCAGGCCUUUCCCCAGAGCUCCUGGGUUUGGGUUUAAUUUGCAAUAAAGUGGAAACCCAGUGCAUCAUGCAGUCUCCAUGGUGGUGUGUGUGUGUCAGGAGCCUACCCUGACUCCUCCGGCUCCUCUCUUGGCUGGACACCCCUCGGGGGUUCGUUUGGGCCAUUCUGCCUCUGUAGGGGCCGAGGGUCACCCUUCUGGGCUGAGAACCCUGCGCUGUGGACUUCCUGCUUCUGCCUCCCCAGUUGUGGAGAGGAGAGGCACUGAAACGGGCUGUGAUUGCCCCAGCUGGGCCAGUGCUCCUUUGUGAAGCUGGCGACGGGAGUUUCUUCCCUGGCUCCACAGCCAAGAAGCCCAUCAGCCUCUUGUUCUGCUGCAGAGGUAGGAGAGAGCCCUGUGGCUCCCCAUGUCAGACCCUGCCCUUCUUC